AUGAUAACAACACUGCUAGAAUUUCUACCGGGUUUUGUGGCCGUCGCUCUCGCUGGCAAUAUUGACUCCCCAUACGCUCAACACUACAUUGAUGCUGCCACUUGCUCCAUCAUGCUGAUUAAUCUCUCCUGCUUUUCAGUCGGAUUCGGACUGGCAGCAGCACUCGACACGCUUUGCUCACAAGCGUACGGGGCCAAGCGGUUCGAGAAGAUCGGAGUGUAUUUCCAGACUGGAGUUGUCGUCCUCGGCGCGAUUCUGCUACCCGUAUUCAUCAUCAAUUGGUUCACGGACGAAAUCCUGCUGCUGUUGGGCCAGGACGCAGAGGUUGCCCGCUUGUCCGGGAGGUUCUCCCGAUACAUGCUGCCAGGGAUCCCAUUUCUCUAUCUGUACGAGCUCACGCGGAAGGUGCUUCAAGCUCAGAACAUCGUGACGCCGCUUGUCAUCAUCGCAGCGAUCGGGAACACUGUCAACAUUGCCGCAGGCUAUAUUCUAGCCUACCACACAUCCAUCGGCUUCCACGGCAUCACAAUAGGCUGCAGUUUGGGCAAUGCGGUACUUCCGUUGCUGCUAGCACCGUACUUCAUGUGGCGGCCUCACCAUUUACGACAGUGGUGGUGCCAACCCUGGAACUUCAAGGCUGCGACUCGCUACGUGGGCGUGUUCUUGCGACUUGGAGUGCCAGCGAUGCUGAUGCUUGUGAUGGAAAUGUGGGCGUUCGAGGCGCUGACGAUCCUCUCGGGGCUGUUGCCUCAUCACGAGGUGGCCGUCGCAGCUCACUCGGUGCUCGUGAACGUGAACCUGCUGGUGUAUACAGUGUUCGACGGCCUCUCGGUCGCUGCAAACAUUCGGGUGGGCAAUUGUCUCGGCGCUGGAUUGGCGAAGACGGCGAAGCUGGCGUGUGUCGUUGUGCUGCUGAUGACACUCGUCCUAGCACUGACCUUUACCGCGGUGCUCUUUGGAUUUAGCGGUCAGAUCCCUCGGCUGUUCCUCAACGCAGGGGACGGUGCUGAUCUCGCGUCCAAGGUGCUGGCAAUAUGGUCUCCCCUGACGAUCGUAGACGGCCUCAACGCUGUAACUCAAGGCGUUCUUCGAGGCGCAGGCAAGCAGAAGGCUGCUGCUAUCACCAACGGCCUGGCAUAUUACGUAUUUGGCGUCCCUCUUGGGGCGCUGUUGGCCUUCCAGUAUGACCUCGGCGUCGAGGGUCUCUGGCUUGGCAUGGGAUUUGGUAGUGCCGUGAAUUUUGGCGCCAUGGCCGCGCUCAUGCUGUGCUAUUGGAGCUGGGAGAAGCUUGCGAGCGAAGCAAAAGAUCUUACAGACUUGUAG